GGAAAGGGGCCAUCCCACUGGUCAAAGAAAGGACUAGUAAAGGAAAAGUGGAGAAAUACUUAUGGGCACCCACUGUCAUGGGUCUCCCAUGAGCAACUGCACCUCAGAACCUCAGAACCCCUCCCUCCUUUCGCUGUGGAAUUAUUCCUGACAUGUGAGGCCUGGGCCAGCGCUCUCCUCUUAAUGACUUCCAGAGACUAAAAGCUACUGAGCUGGUCUAUUCGUCUCACCAGAGGGAGGAGCAGCCCAUGGGGGUGGAACAAUGUGCGCGUCAAUGUGCCAAGUUGCUUGACUGCAGAGCCUUCCAUUACAACUGGCACAGCUGUGGAUGCCAGCUGCUUCCUUUGACCCAACACUCACUCCACACCCAGUUGCAGAGGAAUGUCCACUACGACCUCUACCAGAAGAAAGGUUAUGUAAGGAACUGCAUCAUGGGAGAUGGGGCAAGCUACAGAGGGACCCAGUCAGUGACUGAAAAGGGGAAAACCUGUCAACAUUGGCGGUCAAAGUUUCCUCAUGAUCAUAGGUUUCCUCUGUCACCACAUACUGGAUUGGAAGAAAACUACUGCCGGAAUCCAGAUGGAGAUAAACAUGGUCCUUGGUGCUACACAACUGACCCUGCCGUCCGGCACCAAAGCUGUGGCAUCAAGAAAUGUGAAAAUGCUGUAUGUAUGUCAUGUAACGGGGAGGACUAUCGUGGCUUUGUGGAUCACACUGAGUCUGGCACAGAGUGCCAGCGCUGGGACCUGCAGCACCCUCACAGUCAUCCAUACCUGCCAAACAAGUACCCUGACAAAGACCUUGUUGAUAAUUACUGCCGUAACCCUGACAGUUCUGAACGCCCUUGGUGUUAUACGACAGAUCCUGCCAAGGAGCGGGAAUAUUGCCACAUUCGGAAAUGCACAGAAAAACGUCGACACCCCCCAACAACAACCACCUGCUUCAGGCUGAAAGGAGAAGACUAUCGAGGCACUGUGAACAUCACUACAUCAGGCAUCCCCUGCCAGCGUUGGGACUCUCAGACACCUCACCCUCACCGUUUCCUGCCUGAGAAAUAUGAGUGCAAGGACCUUAAGGAGAAUUACUGCCGGAACCCAGAUGACUCAGAGGCUCCCUGGUGUUUCACUAACCUCAUCAACAUGAGGAUGGCUUUUUGCUUCCAGAUCAAACGCUGUGUUGAUGAGGUGGAGAUGGAAGACUGUUACCGUGGAAAUGGAGAAGAAUAUCAAGGUACUGUUAGUAAGACCCGGAAGGGAAUCACUUGUCAGGAGUGGAAGGAGCAGUCACCUCACAAACCACAGGUCUUCCCUACCAUGUUCCCUACUGUGCGCCUUGAAGAGAAUUAUUGCCGCAACCCUGACAAUGACAGCCAUGGGCCCUGGUGCUACACCAUGGAUCAGAACACUCAGUUUGAUUACUGUGCCGUUGAGCCAUGUGCUGGUGACAAGAAGCCAUCUAUCCUGCUGAACCCGGAUAAUGUGGUCUUUGACCACUGUGGCAGGAGGGACGAGCGACAGCAAGUCCGGGCUCGUAUUAUCGGAGGGCGCCCUGGGAACUCGCCUUGGACGGUCAGCAUCCGUAAUCGGGAAGGAGUCCAUUUCUGUGGAGGAUCGCUGGUGAAAGAGCAGUGGGUCAUUAGUGCACGCCAAUGUUUCUCCUCCUGUGACGCUGACUUAUCUGGUUAUAAAGUCUGGCUUGGAACCCUCUUUAAGAACCCUGGUCCUAACGACCCUGACAAACAGGCCAUCCCCAUUGCUAAGAUUGUAUGUGGCCCCACUGCGUCUCAUCUGGUGAUGCUGAAACUGGAAAGGCCAGCAACUCUGAACCAGCGUGUGGCACUGAUCUGUCUUCCGCCUGAGCAUUACAUUGUGCCUGUAAACACAGAUUGUGAGAUUGCAGGAUGGGGUGACACCAGAGGCACUGGUAAUGAAAACGUCCUCAAUGUGGCCAAGCUGCCAGUCAUGAGCAACCAAGAAUGCAAUGUCGCCCUUCGAGGCCGUGUGAAGGAGAGUGAAUUGUGUACAGCACCCCUGCGAGUAGGUGUGGGGGCCUGUGAGGGUGACUUUGGAGGCCCUUUGGCUUGCUUGACGCAUGACUGCUGGGUGUUAGAAGGUGUGAUCACCCCGAACCGUGUAUGUGCACACAAAGAGAAGCCUGCUACCUUCAUCCGCGUCUCCCUCUACGUAGACUGGAUCAACAAAGUGAUGAAGCUGAGCUGAGCUUGUUGGAGCCAGUGCAUCCUGAAGUCCUCCUUCCUUCUCCAAAGACACCAAGAAUAGCCCUACCCACCAUCAAGCAACGGCUGCCCAGCCUUGGGAUGCCAGCUCCUCUAAUAAGUAACAAUGUUACCAAAUGGGAGGACAUUUUUCAAGUUAGGCUGUGCAUCAAGCAAUAUUUCUGUCAGUGUGAAAGAAUAGUCAAAUGGUGAUGGUGCUAGAGAAGCCAAAAGCAAUAUUCAAGCCUUGCCAAAAAAUCCUACAAUCUUUGAAGGUUGUAUAAGCUUAGAAGGUGUGUGGCUGUGACUAUUAUGAAGGGAUCCUGCAUUUCUGAAUUUGCCACUACACUACUGGAGCCCACUGAGCCACCUACUUUUCCAAAUGAAAAAUAGGAUUUAAGAAUAGUAUAUGAUUAUCACCAGGGCUCAGACCUGGCAACCAAUGCCAAGAAGUGACCUUGAGAUUUGUGAAGCAAGAAAGAAACGUACUUGUGAACAGAUACAGGCAACUUUGACUGAUGAGUAACUACAACAACUGCCCCAUCCCACAUCUGGGUUUAAGGAGCAAGGCUUCUGAGCCAGAGGGCAGAACCUGUUUAGGCAGCCUUGAUCCCUAGAUUCCUCAUUUUGAAUUAAAGCCUCUUUCUUAACGUAUUUUAUUUCUCUUCAACUGCAGCAACAGGUACACACAUGGGAAAUGGAUGCAGUUUCCACUGUGCUGUGUCAUAGAUGCAUAUUUUGCAGUUUCCUUCCCCAACCUGUUGCACUCCAGCCUCCAUAAGCCUCGGCCAGCAUGGCCAAUAGUCAGGGCUGAUAGGAGUUGCAGUCCAAAACAGCUGGAGGGCACCAGUGGGGGGAGCCUGCUGUACAUAAUAGCAAACAAAUAAUACGUUUUAGAUAGAAAAUAUUGUGUUAUCAAAAUGUAGGCUCAAUGGCUCUCUGUUCAGGAGAAAAGUCUGCCUCCUCCCAUGCAGUGAGGUAAGUGAGAGCAGACCAUCCAAACAGCCAUGGGGGAAUCUGCUGUCCAUUCAUUAGCAUCUAUUAUUAGUUGCCAAGCCAAAGCUCGAGAGAGGCUUUGAAUAGUAGGCAGACCGGUUUCUAAUAUUAUUUGAGUGAAAACUGGGAGCAAUGCUAGAGCAGAUUAAAAUAUGCUCUAUGGCAGAUGGACCAUCAGCACAGCAAAACUGAAGUGAAUUAACAGUCAGUGUACACAUGGCCUUAUCUAAUUUCUUUCAUUAUACAUCCCACUUACCUUGUUAAUAAUGCUGCUUAUUAAGCUAUGCAUAUGAGCCAUUCGAUGCACAUAUUCAUGACAUUAAAAAAAUCCUGAUUUGCGUGCCCCCCUUCUAGCAUUUCAAUGUACAGGAGUUGCACCAUGGUCUUUUCACAUUUGUUGUUGGCAGUUAUGGGCAAAAAUAGCCUCCCUUCACACAAUAUCAUACAACUUCUAACCUUAAACUCAACAUUGCAUACAGGAAAAAAAUUAAAAAGCUGGCAAUGCAGCUCCAUUCACAUGGUCACUACAGUGACAUUGCUCUAGCAAGAAUUCUUACGGAAAUAUAACUGGACAACACUGCUCAUUCGUAUGGCUUUAUGUUCAGUUCCUAACAUUAAAACAUUCCAAUAUUUUUA